GCGCGUAAAGGGUUAAACUCAAUCCCAAAACACACACGUUGACUUUCCUCCUUUUUCUUCUUCAUAAACUGAGGCUAGGAUGGCGUCUGAAGCUGCUGCCCUUCUUGAUCAGUUAAUGGGAAGGAACAGGAACGUGACGGGAGAUGAUGCUGUUAAGGAAGAACAUUUUUCUGAUCCAGAGGUUUGUAAGCAUUUCUUGUGUGGGUUUUGUCCUUCGAAGCUCUUUAUUAACACUCGAUCUGAUAUUGGUAUUUGUGAUAAAUUGCAUGACGACCAUUUCAAAGAAGCUUAUGACGCAAGUAAUGAGAAAUGGCAGAGAGGGUAUGAAGAACGCUUCAUUGAGUAUCUUGAGAAACUCAUCAGAGAUCUUGACAAGAGAGUGCAGCGAGGAAAAGAAAGAUUACAAAGGAGUGAAGAUGCAAAUACUAAUGUAAAGGAGCAAAGAGAG